AUGGAUGGACUGGACUCUUUCGAGAAGCUGAUUAUGUGUAUCGCUAUCGCCAUCGUAAUCCCGACAUUCCUGGGCAACGUGCUGAUCCUUGUGUGUAUCCGGCGGUUCCAUUGGCUACAGACGCCUCUUAAUGCGUUAGUAGGAAGUCUGGCAGUCAGCGACCUUUUGUUCGCUCUGGCGAUCGUUCCCGGUUACAUCGUGGGCGCGUUCCUUGAGGCGAACACGCGUCCGAGCUUUUGUCUUCUCUACAUUGGUGUGCUGGUCACCCUGUUGCUCGCGUCCCUCCUCCAAAAACUUGCGAUCUCAGUUGAGCGGUACUACUCAGUGGGAUUCCCCUGGAAGCACCGGACAUCCAAGAGGAGCGUCUAUGUGAAGGUUUUCAUUCCGCUCAGCUGGUCCGGCUCCUUCCUCUUCAGCCUUAUCCCCUGGAUGGGAUGGAAUGCCCUCGACACUGAUGACCAGUGUGAACUCUUCACCGCGUGGCCCCGAGCACUAAAGGUGACACUGAAUGUAUUGAUAGUUGUUAUAAUAAUAGUUAAAACAACACUGUUUUCGUUAGUCGUAAGGAUAGCACUAAAGAGACUUCCUACAUUCAGCAGUGGCGGGAUUGAAGCGAUUCGGAUUCGUAGACAAAUAGCCAAGAUGUACGUUCUGAUUGCUGUGUCAGCUAUUUUCAUCCUUUGCUGGGCACCUUUCUGUUUCAUAACAUUCUUCAGACUGAUUGUUGAUUCUGAACGCUUAAAGGUUGCCGAAAGCGUAGCAUUACUGCUUGGUGUAUUGAACUGUGCAUUCAACUGGCUGAUAUACGGGUUGAAAAACAGCAAGUUCCGGAAAGCGUUCUCUCUGGUCCUGUGCCAAUGGAGGAGCGGCGAUCGCCCCGCAUCUGCCAGACCUAGCUCUCGGGAAAUCUCCUCGUAA